AUGAUAAUGUUUGUUUUAUUUCUUGGGCUAUGUUUUGUUUUGGGUGGGCUGGCAGUUGCAUCCAAUCCUUCUCCUUAUUAUGGGGUGGUGGGUUUGGUUUUAGCCUCUAUUGCGGGGUGUGGGUGGUUGGCGAGUUUAGGGGUUUCUUUCAUUUCUUUGGUGUUGGUUAUAGUAUAUUUAGGUGGAAUGUUGGUGGUGUUUGUUUAUUCUGUAUCUCUGGCAGCGGACCCUUAUCCUGAGGCUUGGGGUGAUUGGGGUGUUGUGGGUUAUGGUGUCGGUAUGGGUUUGGUGGUUGGGGUGGGUGUUGUUUUAGGGGGGGUGUCAGGGGUGGUGGAUGUGGGGACGGUUAAUAAUGUAGGUUUAGGGUCUGUUCGGUCGGAUUUUGUUGGGGUAGCUGCGUUUUAUUCGCGGGGGGUUGGAUUUUUUCUGGUUGGAGGGUGAGGGUUGUUGUUGACGUUGUUUGUGGUUCUGGAGCUUGUGCGGGGAUUAUCUCGGGGGGCAAUUCGGGCUGUUUAG